GUGGACAUACAUGAACCAAUCAUUGAAAAGUAUUGGUGAACGAAUAACCACCGACAGUUGCGAUGUUACGGGGAUUAAAUGCAAUCCAAAGUGCAAAGAUAUGAUUAAAGAGAUCAAACGUGACGAUGGCUGUCUGGGAAAUUCAGAUUUGGUGAAUGUCAUGAAGAUUGUUGCAGCGGGGGAACCCAAUAUGCCCUACUUUUGGAAGGCUUUUGAGUCGUGUGAUUUUGACAUACUUUUAGAGAACGUGUUAGGAGAUAAUGAGAUACCUGGCACUGUAUUGUGGUCAUGUGAUUUCGAAUCGUCUGAUAACUGCAAUGCCGUUGGUGUUAACGAGUACGUCAGUACCCCCGAUGAUUACAGAUGGAUGCGUCAUCGUGGCCAAACACCCUCUGGCUCUACUGGCCCCAAAGGGGACAACACGAGAGGAAUGAACGGAAAUGGGUAUUAUGUUUUUACUGAGGCGUCUCCACCAAGACAACCCGAUGAGAAGGCAACAUUUUACAGCCCUGGCGUUUCAACAGUAAACAAAGAGAAGACACUCACGUUCAGUUACAAUAUGAAUGGUAAAAACGUUGGUAGAUUGGACGUCUCUCUCGUGAAUGAUAUGAAUGAGGGACAAGUGAUAAAAACUAUAUCUGGAGACCAAGGCAAAGAGUGGAAGUCUGUGAUGGUGGAGCUACCAGCUGGGAACUUCAAAGUGGCAUUCACUAGCAUACGUGGACCUAACUGGGAUUCUGACAUUGCAGUGGAUGAUAUUUCAGUGACUAUAGGAUCUGAAGAAGGAAAGACACCUACUACAACAACUGUGAAACCAAAUGAGGUGUCAACCAGAGCACCUGUUACAACUCCUACAGGAAUCUACCCUAAACCAAAAGAUAAUGAAACACCUAUGCAGAUGAAAGGUGCAUAUUGGGUGCAUAAACAAGGUCAAUAUCUCCCUGGCAACAAUGAUGACAAAACUGGGGGACUUUCACUGGAAGAGUGCCUCGAGAGAUGUGCUAAAAUGACUGCAUUUGUUUGCAAAUCCGCGGACUAUGUUCGAAAUGAAGGGAUGUGUAUUAUAAGCAAAAGUAAUAGGGAUGACACCGGAUCAACCCGAGCCAGUGGCAACAUGGAUUACUAUGAAAGAGUAGAGUUCUCAGAUGCUCCCCAAGUUACAUCAGCACCAACGACAGCCAUUCCCCCAACAACGAGCCCAGCAGUUGGCCAAGUCUGCAUGUCUGGAGCAAAAAAUCCAUGUCUGAAUCGUGGCUACUGUGCCAUUGCAAACAGUACAACCAUGAACAAAACAGACAGUGUAAACAUCAACGGAACUAUGAAAUGCAUCUGUCCACCAGGAUACAGAGGACAGAAAUGUGAAAUCGUUCCAGAUGAGUGCAAAAGCAAACUUGUCCCAUGUCAAAAUGAUGGAAUGUGUAUACUGAACAUAACAGGCCAAGCUUAUUGCAAAUGCCCAUUCGGUUUCGAAGGAACUUUCUGUGAACGCAUAUCAGCGAAUGUGACUUGCAUGUCCAACCCAUGUAUGAAUAAUGGACGCUGUAUGUCAAUGGAUGGUUGGUUGAAGUGUGUCUGCCAAUCAGGUACUUAUGGCAGAUACUGUCAAAACUCAAAGCCAGACAAAGACGAAUUCUGCCCCCGAAUGAACAUGACAAUGGAUGGCAAUGCCACAUGCAGGAUGCAAAUGAAUGGAACAUUUGGUGAUGAAUGUGGGGAGGAUGAUGAAUGCCCAGGGAUGAUGCUCUGCUGCUUUGAUGGUUGCUCAAAACGUUGCAUACAGCCAAAGAAUGAUACCUCAGAUUCCUUGAAACUGCAAGUGACUGGAAACCUUGUGAAUUCGAUGACAGGAAUGGGCAUGCCAAAUGUACAUGUCACUCUUGGCAGGAGGGAAAUUGGAGGUGGUAGUACAGUACUGGGCAUGGGUAAAACUGACGACAUGGGCUAUAUUACUACCCUGCAGACACAAGAACCGUUGCAAAUGGGAAGGAGCUACUUCCUAUUUUUCAAUACCGAGUACACCAUUGAAUAUGUCCAGUUCCCCAUCAUUCAGGUGUUUUUCCGACAUACUGGCCAGAAGGACAUGUACCACUUUACGGUUGUGGCAGGAAGGUUCUCAUAUUCUGUAAACCAACUACCGCCAAUGAGUCGCGAGAUGAUAUCCAUCAUCUUAGAGAACAUGCCUGGAAAAUGGGAUGAUGAUAAGAAUGACGACAUCGAUUCUGGAUUUGAUUCUGAAUCUGGUUUGGAUUCUGGAUCUGGAUUUGAUUCCGGAUCUGGUUCUGGAUCUGGCUUGGAUUCCGUAUCUGGUUCUGGAUCUGGCUUGGAUUCCGGAUCUGGUUCUGGAUCGGAAUUGAAUUCUGGAUCUGGUUCUGGACCUGGUUCUGGGUAAUAUUUCUUGAGGAGAAAGACCUGAAACGGGAAAAGAGAAACUGAUCAAAUUCAAGACCACGUGACAUGCUCCAGUUACAACCAGUUACCACUUAAUAAUUCAAACCUUUUUGGUUAGUUUAUAAUACUUGAUUGCACCGAAAUAAAACGAAGCCUUUGAAGUAAUAUUGCUUUAUUGUUUUCCACAAAUAUGUUCAUAGUAUACAUGUAUUUUUCUGCCUGUUCCUCUGUUGGAUUCUCUCUACAAGUGAAGGUACUGAACCUGAAUUUUUAUCCUGGUGUACUCCAAGCCAUGACACAUGUCUCUUCCCCCAGCUCAUUUUUUAUGUAGUGUGAUCCAUAUUUUCAACUCACUGAUAAAUGAGGAUCACUCAAUGAGACAUCGAUGUACCACACCCAUCCUGAUGAAGUGUACCACUUAAAGUACAUAGGUUCAUUCCUAAUAAUGUUUAAAAGGUAUCUGGUCAAAUUUGACCCAAGCCAACUCGGACCCAUAUUCAGAAUAGAG